UCAUAUAAAAAUUACACUAAGAACUGCAUCAUGAUCAGGUCAUAAUAUAAUGAACAGCUAACAAAAGAUCUGGUUGGGUGUUAGUGUCACAAAAAUCAUGACAAAAGCUCACCGGUUUUUCAUCACUAAAAUGUGAUCUGGUUUGACUCAUAUAUCUCAUGACUCAUCCCAUCCCCAUUUAACUAAACUAAACUACCACACCCACACAAAACUAACUGUCACUGGCCCCACAAUAAGACACCUUCUAAUUCCUAUUCUAAUUCUAGUUACACUCUCACUGAAAUUUCUCAUCUCAUUCUUGAAUCAACCUUCAAAUUUUCCCAUCAAACUUCCUCAGAAAAUCCAAACAAACAAAAAACACAUCCAUAUCCAUACAUUGUUUUUGAUUGAUCAAUAAACCAUGGCAACACAACAGCAGAGAGAAGAGGCAGAGAUCUAUGAGGGAGAAGCAUUGUGCAAGCAAAAAUCUCUGCUUCUCAUGGAUGAGAUUCUCCUCCCAAGAGGAUUGCUUCCUCUGGAAAACAUCUUUGAGAUGGGUUACAACCGCACCACCGGUUUCGUGUGGCUGAAGCAGAGGAACAAGAAGGAACACCGCUUCCACAACAUCGGCCGCACCGUGUCGUUUGACAAGGAGGUGACGGCGUUCGUGGAGGAGCACCGCAUGCGGAGGCUCACCGGAGUUAAGACCAAAGAGCUCUUCAUUUGGCUCACCAUCUCUGAGAUCUUCGUUGAUGAUCCGGCUUCCGGUAAGAUCUCAUUUGGCAGUUCCUCUGGGAUUGCCAGGUCCUAUCCUCUCUCUGCAUUUGCUCUCCAAGAGGAUCAAACGUCACAACAACACCAAAAUGCAGUUGCAAGAAAAAAGUGAUGCUAUUAAUUGAUUUUGAAAUGUAACUGUAUGUUACUCUUUGGAAGAAUCUCAUGAUAAGACACAUAUAUGUUAAAUGGAAAAUCAUAAACCACAAGUACUUCCAAUAAGAUUUCAAGCAUGUUCAACAUUGAUUUCAAUAUUUCCCACUACAAGGUACCCUCUGUUGUAGAAUUACAUUAGAAAUAAAAUUACACAAUUGAUAUCACUAUAGUCCGUGUCUACUGUAUAUAACAAGAAACGAACUUCAAAAAAAAAAAAAAAAACAAGAAACAAUUGAGUUUUAGAAUGACAAUGCAUGAAAAUUAAACUCAUUCGGAUAAAUUCAAAAGGAAUGGUUAUGGAGAUACAAACAUAUUUCAAUAUACCUCACAUUAUGGUCACUUCUUCACUAAAUUCAAACAGAUCAUACAUCAUACACGGAAGCCAGCAAUUGAGACUACACUGCUGCUUUUGAAUUUUGAUCUUUCUUGCAUUCCUUGUUCUUUUUCUUUUUCUCCUUACUUUCUGUUGAUGUUGUAAUACAGGACAAUAAGA